CCUGGCCUCGUUUCUCCUCUCUAGUCUCCUUUUUUAUUCUUUUUAUUACUCUGUACAACAACAAUUCGGCGGCUUGGGCCUGCAUAUGCGGGUGCAUAAUGACUAUUGAUCUCUGGUACAUACUUGUCUCAAUGUGUAUACUCAAGUCCCCGGACUCGACAAUGCGACGACGUUCCUCUCGAGCCUCGCCAGACCUCCAAGACCUUCAACUUGCGAGCAACGGCGGGGGGAUGCCACGGUACGUCGGCCUGCUUACGAUCUCCCCGAUGCCGCUAACCGUUCCUGGGAGCAGAAGCGCCCGCCGCACGAGCCGCAACGUAUGUCGCCAUGCUCCCUGUCCUGCGAACGCCUCUUCGCGAUACACAAGCGUGGCCCUUCCCCACCAUUUGGAGCCCCCCGGACCGGCGGCAAGCACCCUAAAGUUGAUCAUUGAUCCGUCGUCCCAGAUGGGCCUCCGCAAUUUCUCCCCACGGGACCGUGGCGUCGCGUAUGGGGGUCAGGGUCACCUUCGCCAGGAGGGAGGCGGACCGCGAGAGGCUACUUAAGGCCGUGCGCGCGGAAAUGAGUUCUCUAGCUGCGCGCUCGCUCCCCCCUUCAUAAUCUCUAACGCUGCUAUACGACACGAUGACCUUCAGAGACGAGCUGCGCGGGUUUGUCGAGCAUCGCAAUGCGUACCUGCUCACGAUGUCCGCUGUGCUGGGGAGCAUCAGCUAUGGAUGGGAUAUAGGGCUCAUUGGCGGCAUCAUCUCGAUGUCCUCAUUCAAAGAGUACUUCAAGAUCGACCAGCGCUCGUCGGGUGACCAGGCGGCGUUCAACGGGGACAUUGUCUCCGUCCUUCAGGGCGGCUGCCUGUGCGU